UACUAUAACUGCAAUAGUGUAAUGUUGCAGUGAAUGCUGUGAUUCAUUCAUUUUUAGAAAGGGAGAACAAACCGUUUUGGUUCUAGUACCUGACCGCUAGAUGGCAUUGCUAAAUAAAUGUUUGAUUUCGCCAUUGGGCAGUUUGGAGAUGAGCAGAAUACGAGAGGCUUUGAAAUGUUAGGUCUUUAUUUAGAUAUCAUGGAUGACGGUCUUAAUUGUCUCCUAAUUUUUUAGUGGAGUGGUGCAAAUAUUGCUGAGAAUGGGGUUACUACUAUCGAAGAUCUGGAGCUUGUUCGGUAAUGAGGAACACAAGCUACUCCUAGUGGGGUUGGACAAUGCUGGCAAGACGACAAUCCUUUACCAACUGCUAUUAGGAGAGACAGUUCAUACGCGGCCGACUAUAGGCUCCAAUGUAGAGGAGUUUGUUUGGAAAAGCCUUCGCUUCGUCAUGUGGGAUCUAGGUGGCCAGCAGAGUCUGAGAUCAGCAUGGAACACGUACUUCACGAACAGUGAGUUCGUCAUUAUGGUUGUGGACUCGACAGAUCGGCAGCGAUUGAGCCUGAGUCGUGACGAGCUGCACCAGAUGUUGAAACACGAGGAGCUUACUAAAGCCUGUCUGUUGGUGUAUGCGAACAAACAAGACGUUAAAGGUUCAAUGACGGCCGCAGAGAUAUCGGAAAAGUUGGAGCUAACGGCUAUAAAACAACAUCCGUGGCACAUACUGCGGACUUACCGGAGAAGGAUUACAUUUAGGAUUAGAAUGGAUUGCUAGUAGAAUAAAGAAAAAAUGACGAUGACACGAUAAAUGUCGAUCAAUACUAUUUUAUGACGUGGAUUGUUAAGUCUUUCGAUCUCGUGUGAAGAUGUUGCUGGCACAUCUUUAAUGAGUGCAAACUUUAACCGUUUUUGAUACUAAGGAUUGAACUCUUAGUCAAAUUCAACAAAAUAUUGAAUGACGGUGGUAUUCGAUAAUUAGCAAUACGAAAAUACAUAGUAGCAUUAUAAGUCCAGUGCUUGUCGAUACAAAAUAACGGAAGUUAAAAAAACACUGAUGAGAAAGACUCUAAAACCAUAAACCUAAGUUAUAAUCUAUUAAGUUUGCAUACGUUUUGCUAGAAAAAUAAGAUGUAUUUUAAAUACUAUAAGGAUUUACGUCCAUUGUUUUGCAUAAAUUACCUAUUAUAAUAAACACGUUUUUAAGAGUA